GCUUUUCAUAAAUUAGUUCGUCUCCGUGAUUCGCCCAGUGAGUUAGAAUAAAAUUUUAAUCUCUCCGCUGAUUAAACAAACAAAUCAAUUCAAUACAAUGUCGGAAGCUAAACUAAUAAGUGGUCUUCAACUUGCCGAACAAAUUAAACUCCAGUUGAAAAGUGAUAUCGAAAAGAUUACGAGUGAAGUGUCAAAUUUUCGACCUGGUCUAACAAUCGUUCAAGUUGGCAAUCGAGAAGAUUCCAAUGUUUACAUCCGAAUGAAAAUCAAGACAGCCACCGAAGUUGGUAUCGAAGUGAAUCAUAUUAAAUUUUCCAGUGCCACAACCGAGGGGGAAUUGCUAUCGAAGAUCCAUGAACUCAAUCAAAAUGAUCGUGUUCAUGGAAUAGUCGUUCAGAUGCCAUUGGACAGUGACACUAAAAUUGACUCGAACAAGGUUCUUAAUUGUGUGUCGCCUGAGAAAGACGUCGACGGGUUACACGAAAUCAAUAAGGGUCGUUUGGCAGCUGGGAAUCUCACGGGAUUUGUACCUUGCACACCUUCGGGAUGUUUGGAGCUCAUUAAGACAACUGGAUUUAAAAUAGCUGGAUCUAAGGCGGUGGUCUUGGGACGAAGUCAGAUUUUGGGAUCACCUGUAGCUGAGUUGUUGAAAUGGAGUCACGCUACUGUGUCCAUUUGUCACUCGAAAACUGUUAACUUGGAAGAAUUGACAAGAUCUGCUGACAUACUCGUGGCAGCCAUUGGGUCUGCUGAAUUCGUUCGCGGUAGCUGGAUUAAGCCUGGAGCGGUGGUCAUCGAUUGUGGAAUCAACUCUGUGAGUGAUCCCUCAAAGAAGAGUGGAAAGUGCAUCAAGGGAGACGUUUGCUUCGCUGAGGCAAAACAAGUAGCAUCUUACAUAACUCCAGUGCCUGGUGGCGUUGGGCCGAUGACCGUGGUUAUGCUCAUGAAAAAUACUGUUUUGUCAGCGAAAAAAGCCGCAGCUCGAACUAUGCGCAGUUGUUGGGACGUCAAGCGUCUGGGUCUGAAUCUUGUGAAACCAGUUCCUUCGGACAUUCAAAUAGCUCGCUCACAAAAGCCAAAGCACAUAUCGGUUCUUGCUGAGGAAAUCGGUUUGGUUCCGGAUGAGGUUUCCCAGUAUGGCAGUGUGAAAGCGAAGGUCUCACUGGGCGUCACUAAGCGCUUGGCCAGCAGGACAGAUGGAAAGUAUGUUGUUGUUGCUGGGAUAACUCCCACCCCCUUAGGUGAAGGUAAGAGUACAACCUUAGUUGGACUGGUCCAAGCCCUCUGUGCUCAUAAACAGCGCAAUGCUAUUGCUUGUUUGCGUCAACCCUCCCAAGGACCGACAUUUGGCAUUAAAGGUGGAGCUGCUGGGGGAGGCUACUCUCAAGUCAUUCCCAUGGAGGAAUUCAAUCUCCAUCUAACUGGAGACAUUCAUGCUGUCAGUGCUGCAAAUAAUCUGCUAGCAGCUCAAUUGGAUGCGAGAAUGUUCCACGAGGCGACACAGAAGACUCAAGCUUUGUAUGACCGCCUGGUGCCCAAUGUUAAGGGUAAGCGUAGUUUUUCGAAAAUUCAACUACGUCGUCUUCAAAGGCUCGGAAUUAGCAAGACCGACCCCAACUCUCUCACCUCUGAAGAAAUCGAGAGUUUUGCUCGAUUGAAUAUCGAUCCAAACAACAUCACUUGGUGCAGAGUUGUGGACAUUAACGACCGAUACCUUCGGGAAAUUACAAUUGGUCAAUCUCCGACCGAGAAAAACCUGACUCGUCGUACUUCGUUCACCAUUUCGGUAGCCAGUGAGAUAAUGGCAGUACUUGCUCUCUCAAAGGACCUGAGUGACAUGAAGAAUCGACUAUCAAGAAUGAUUGUAGCCUACGACAAGGCAGGAGUUCCAGUGACUGCAGAUGAUUUGGGUAUCACAGGGGCACUGGCAGUCCUGCUGAAAGACACCCUAGAGCCAACUUUGAUGCAAACUCUCGAGGGCACUCCAGUUCUCGUUCAUACUGGUCCUUUUGCCAACAUAGCCCAUGGAUGCUCGUCGAUAAUUGCCGAUGAAAUUGGUCUCAAGCUUGUUGGUGAAAAUGGAUUUGUCGUGACUGAAGCUGGUUUCGGCUCUGACAUUGGCAUGGAGAAGUUCUUUAAUAUCAAAUGCCGGUCGUCGGGCAAAGUUCCUAACGCCGUUGUGCUGGUAACGACUGUUCGUGCCCUGAAGAUGCACGGUGGUGGACCUGCUGUCGAACCAGGUACACCAUUGAAGAAGGAAUACAGUGAGGAAAAUAUCGAGCUUCUCAAGAAUGGCAUUCCGAAUCUGCUGAAGCACAUUGAGAAUGGUCGGAUUUAUGGACUUCCUGUUGUUGUCGCUAUCAACUACCAUAACUCUGAUACAAAGGCCGAACAUGAGUUGAUUAGAUCUGCUGCCAUCACUGCUGGGGCCUAUGAUGCGGUUGUUUGUUCUCAUUGGAGUGAGGGUGGAACUGGUGCCCUUAAGUUAGCCGAUGCAGUUAUCAAAGCUUGCGAUGAAAGUUCAACCUUCAAGUUCUUGUACACUCCUGAUGUAUCACUGGUGGAUAAACUUAACACAAUCGCCAAGAAAAUGUACGGAGCUGGACAAGUUGUUCUCACUAAAGAAGCUGAAGGCAAACUUAAAUUCCUUAAUGACAAGGGCUUUGGACAUCUUCCAAUUUGUAUGUCUAAGACGUCGGGUUCGUUGACAGGAGAUGCAAAAAUUAAAGGAGCACCAAAAGGUUUCAGUUUGACUGUUGGUGAUUUGUAUGUUUCUGCCGGAGCUGGUUUCAUUGUUGCAUCAUGUGGAGAGGUAUCAAAAAUGCCUGGACUGCCGACAAGACCUUGCAUCUAUGACAUUGAUCUUGACACUGAAACAGGUCUUAUUGAAGGUCUAUUUUAGGAAUUUUCAAUUGUUAAAUAAAAAUAAGUAUAUUUUACUUAAUUUCAA